AUGAUUGCAAAACUACAUCAUCAAAUUGAUGCAACAGUCAAAGUCUUACAAAAUGUGAAAAAUACUUUUACAUUUGAUUUGACAAAGCAGUUGAACAAGAUCUUCAACAAUAGCAUAAUUCAAAUGAAAUUGAACACACAUUAUUAUUAA